AGAAAACCUUUGGGACCCACUGGGGGGCCCAGAAGACAACCUUUGGGACCCAUCGGUAUAGGGGCAGAAGAUGCUGGACUGAUGUGAACCACUAUCUCGAUUUUUCUCUCUUUGAGCUGUGGGGCAGAAGCUGGUGGACUGAGGUUAACCACCAUCUUGAUUUUCUGGACCUGAGAUGAACAAGGAAGGGUUUCACAUGCAAUCCAAAGGCAAAUACACCUCACUGCUGGGGAACAACAGGUUUUUAAUGGACGUUACUGGAACACUGAACCAUUUGAAAUGUGAGCUGCCAGGUAAAGACAGAAAAUGAGGAAUACUGAUCAACCUGCAGAAGACAAGAGGUCUCUUACUUUGCCACGAAGUCGGUGCUGCUUCUUCUUUUUGGUUCUGGGAGUUGUGCUGCUUUACUACUGCACAAGCAUAAGGAACAUGGCACCUGACUGGAACCUUAAAUGGCUGAUGCAAAAUAAUUCAACAAACACCGCUGCUGAACUUCCUGAAACUACGAGUGUCGCCACAACGCAGGAGCCAGCGACUCAACGGCAGAGGACAGUUUCAUCACGGGUCACCAAGAAGACGCUAGAAACCCAGACUGCCCAACGGACAGCGGCUCCUUAUGUGUCUCCUGGACCGUACUUGGUGGAGUACCCCUAUGAGUACCACUUUACUAUCAAUGAGGAACUGAAAUGUAAGCAGGAGAAGCCGUUUGUGGUUCUGAUCGUACAAGUGGCGCCACGCAACCGAGCUCAUCGCGACAUCAUCCGUAACAGCUGGGGAAGCGAGAAGCUGGCUAACAACCAAGUGGUGGCGCUGUUCUUCCUGCUGGGGAUGCAGACUGGAGACGAUGCAGAGCAGGUCCACCGGCAGCUGCUGCAGGAGAGCAAAGAGCAUCAGGACCUGAUCCAGGGAGACUUUGUGGACUGCUACAAGAACCUGACCAUAAAGACCAUGGUGAUGCUGGAGUGGCUGAACUCCUACUGCUCCAGCGCCGCUUACGCCAUGAAAAUCGAUUCUGACAUGUUUCUAAAUGUUCCCAAUCUGGUCAACUUGCUCCUCAAAGCUCCAAGGACAAACUACAUGACCGGCCUGGUGGCACAUGGAGGACGAGUCUCCAGGGAUCCCAAGUCCAAGUUCUACGUGCCUGUGGAUCUUAUCAGCGAAGAUGUUUACCCUUUCUAUGCUUUGGGUCUGGGCUACAUUUUGUCUUUGGAUCUCACCAAAAAGCUCAUUGAGGCUUCCAGACACAUUAAACCUCUUUACAUUGAAGAUGUAUAUUUGGGCUUAUGUAUGAGACACCUGGGUAUCCGUCCAACAGAUCCCCCAAACUGGAUCCUCUUCCGUGUUAUUCCUAUAAAAUACAGUCGCUGUGAAUACUCCAAGAUUAUCGCAACCACAACUCUGGAAAAUAUGGACCGUGUUUGGAUUUGGAGAGACUUUAAGAAACCGGGUCGGUACUGUUGAUCGGUAAAAAAGGUAGCAGAAGAAAAUAAAAGAGCGCUUUACAUGUUUACAUUAUAGUUUGCAUGAAGAAAAUUAAUCAUACAUAACACUAAAACAAGUAUAAUCACAAAAUAAGUUCAGAAGAAACAUUUUUUGUUACUUAUAUUUUCAUAAACAUAAAGCUUCUCUAUCUAAUACUUACAGUAGCUAAUAAUUAUGUUAAAACAUCUCAAAGUAUUUCAGUUACAAUAUGUUCUGUUUACUGUAUAUUUAAACUUCAGGCUCAUCAGACAAAAAAACAACAGAACAAAGCUGUUGUAUUAACAAGAGGUCUCACUUCGGUCUGUUUCUGUGUUUGGAGCCUAUAAAGAUAAUAAAUGUCUGAUCUCCGGUCGGAGUCACUCCACCUGGGCAGAAUGGCCAACAACUAAACUAAACUAAGCUAAGCUAAAUGCUGCCUCACCAGGUUUGGUUCUGAGUUUAGGUUUGAAUAAAAAAAUCCAGAAGCAAA